ACAGAGGAGAGGAGACAAAAAAAAAAAAAAAAGCGUAAAAAUGAAAUAGAAGAUAGAAAAAGAAAUAAGGAAAGGAAAACUAGGAUAAUGAAGAACUCGUGUGAAAACAAAGAAAACAUGCCUUCCUUGAUUAGUGGAGCCUUAGAUGACCCGCGGACCUAUCAAGCCAGCAGAGGAGCGUGGAGGAGACAGGAGGCUCAGGUGCGUUUCACCGGGAGAACUAGACUGGAGGGGACGGAACACAACGAGCGGGCAGCGUGUGUCUGGAAGGCAGUGGAGGCUGAUGACCACACUGACCACUGCCCCACCCGUCUACUGCCGCCACUCUGUCCGUCCCAGGCGGUUGUACUGGAUGCCGUGUCGCUCCUCAGCAAGACAGGGACGAAUCUAAAUGAAAACAAUUGGUGUGGGGACUGUCUGGUGUUGGUGCCGCUGCCUCGCUCGUCACGUAAGUCCCGAGAGUCACACUGAGGUUACGUGUGUGCUGAGUCUCCCCCGCAGCGGCUCUCACUCUCAGGGACACAGGUUUAGCAUCCCCUCACCCCGGGAUGGCCGUUGGGUGAGGCUACCAUAACCACCACAACCACAACCAUAAGCACCAUCCACCUGUAUUACUGUAACUGAUGCCUCUCAACAUCCACCACUUCAGCCACCUCCUCUUCCUCCUUCUCUUCCUCCUCCUCCUUCUCCUCCUCCUUCUCCCCCUCCUCCACCUCCUCCUUUUCCUCCACCUCUGCCUUCACCCAAGCCAGAGACGUAAUGGAU